GGCAGAGUAGAGGAGGACAUCCCGUCAAUGAUAAACACUCCCAUGGAUGCGGCCAACUUCGGACUACCUGAAAGACUCGAAACUAAAAUGUUUUUACUUAUUUAGCGUUUUUUUUCUGCUCCUUGUGCACGAAGCAGCCGGCUAAGGGAGGAGAUGCGGUGAUAUCAUGAGCAAAACCGGCCAGCGAGAAAGAAAGGAAAGACAGAGAAGAAGAGAGAGGGAGGGGGAGAGGGAGCAGGGGAAGAGGAGAGGCGGGGAGUCGGCUACCACCAGGCCAGCUGAGGAUGCUUGUUGUUUCUAGAAGCGGGAUUAAUCACCGGGUUGAGCGCUGAUCCUUCCCCCGGCGCACCGAGCGCACCUCUCCACGCUGCAGCUGUCCCGAGCCAGCACGCCUUUCGGCCGUCUGGCCCGGUCUGCCCCCGAGGCUGUUUGCCUUUUUGAUGCUCUUCCCCCUCUUCCUCUAUUUCCUGAUGCAGGGCCGGGGAGGGGGCGAGCCAAAGUGUGCACCGGAUAUUGGAAAACCCAUUCUUCUUGCUGAUGCUGUUUGUGAUAAUAGAUUGUUAUCUGGGCAACGCCGCAUCUACACAGAAAGGCAGAUUGUGACCAAAUGAGGCCCGACUUGACAGGAAGAGGGGAAUGUAUGGGCUCGGGAGGAUUAUGAAAACAGUUUUUUUGGACGGCAACAGAAGAACGGGGGUCCCUGAUAUCGAUCAGGGCAUUCUGGCUUCGGAUAUUUGAGACUGCUCUUACAGAAAUCAAUCUGUGGCAAAUGUAGCCUUCCUGUCCAGGUCUGAAUGAGAUUUUUCGUUACUGCUGUACUCUUGGCCAGCUGAAUAAGCUAUAUAGGAUCAGUCAGCUUUAAACUACAGUUAUUUAUAGCAGGGGGGUGGGUUUAAUGUGACUGUUCGCACCUCUGUGGACAUCUCCCAUCUCUGGUACCGGCUAAACCUCACACGUCCUCAUCUCUGAUCUUUUCCUACCUUUCCCUUGAAUGAUGCCGCUUCCUGUGCUUUGGUAACACUGACUUGAAAGACUCUGGAUUUACAGAGUGGAAACAGGACCGGUUCUCACUCCUGACCGCAUGACAAACAAUUGCAUGGGAGUAGCCUGCGAGGCCCGGCUUUAGAUCACGACCAGUCCGCACCUCCUCUCUUCUCCUUUCCUCCUCUCUGCACCGCCGUAUAGCCGCCUGUAAUGUGCGUUACGGCAUUACGCACGGAGCAGGAGCGAGCGCUAUCUUGAUUUGCCUUAUAUCUGGAAUAGAAUUUCAUCUCGGGAAGGAUGAGCAGCAAAGAGCUGACGGUGGGCCAGUCCAGUCAGUUUGUGGGGCCUUACCGGCUGGAGAAGACCCUCGGGAAGGGACAGACAGGACUUGUGAAGUUGGGUGUCCACUGUAUAACAGGGCAGAAGGUGGCCAUAAAGAUCGUCAACAGAGAGAAGCUCUCUGAAUCGGUUCUAAUGAAGGUGGAGAGAGAAAUAGCUAUUCUUAAACUAAUAGAGCACCCUCAUGUUCUGAAGCUGCAUGAUGUCUAUGAAAAUAACAAAUACCUGUACCUUGUGUUGGAGCAUGUAUCUGGCGGAGAGUUAUUUGAUUACCUGGUGAAGAAGGGUAGGCUCACCCCCAAAGAGGCCAGGAAGUUCUUCAGACAAAUCAUCUCUGCCCUGGACUUCUGCCAUAGUCACUCCAUAUGUCACAGAGACCUUAAGCCAGAGAAUCUUCUCCUGGAUGAGAAGAACAACAUCAGGAUAGCAGACUUUGGCAUGGCCUCGCUACAAGUUGGGGAUAGUCUGCUGGAAACCAGCUGUGGAUCUCCCCACUAUGCUUGCCCAGAGGUCAUAAGGGGUGAGAAGUACGAUGGUCGUAGGGCGGACGUUUGGAGUUGUGGAGUCAUUCUGUUUGCUCUCCUCGUGGGUGCCUUGCCUUUUGAUCAUGACAACCUGCGGCAGCUUCUAGAGAAAGUGAAAAGUGGAGUAUUCCACAUGCCACACUUUAUACCUCCUGACUGCCAAGCUUUGCUCAAAGGAAUGAUAGAAGUCAACUCUGAAAAGAGACUAACGCUUGAAGCAAUACAGAAACACCCCUGGUACCUGGGCGGUCGGAACGAGCCCUGUCCAGAGCAGCCUCCCCCUCGCCGAGUGUGUAUGAAGAGGAUACUGUCCUUAACUGAGCUUGACCCUGAUGUCCUGGAAAGCAUGUACUCCCUAGGGUGCUUCAGAGAUCGGGUUAAACUCACACAGGACCUUACAAGUGAGGAGGAGAACCAGGAAAAGAUGAUCUACUACCUCCUGUUGGACAGGAAAGAGCGAUACCCCAGCUGUGAGGACGAGGAUCUGCCACCAAGGAAUGACAUAGACCCACCCAGGAAGCGUGUUGACUCCCCCAUGCUGAAUCGUUAUGGCCGCAGUCGUCCGGAGAGGAAGAGUUUAGAGGUCCUCAGUGUCACAGAACAGGUUUCUCCCACCCCGCCUCGCAGGGCCCUGGACACUAAUGCAUACAGCCAGAGGUCUCGUUCAGUCAGUGGGGCCUCCACAGGUCUGUCCUCCAGUCCUCUUAGCAGUCCCAGGAGUCCGGUCUUCACUUUCAGCCAAUCAGAAGUCACCUCCACCUCCGCUUCCUCCUCCAAAGACCCCAAACCAGGAAGUGCCACCACCCCUCGACCUACCCGCCCGGCGCCUGACCCAAAAACCCAGACCUUGCCCUCAAAAGGCCCCGCAGAACGGCCCCAGCUUCACACCAUGAAGUCCCUCCCACUCCAGACACCACGCUCCCCUUCCCCUUCGCCCUCCCCUAUACUCUCCCCCAUUCCACGCUUCUUCAACUUCCCGUCACCAUCUGUCUUCAAGUCCAAGAACGUCCACUCGUCCUCUAACUCCUCUGCCACCCCUCCCCCUGUGUCGCAGGUCACACCGCAAGGCUCGCCGCUGCCCACCCCGCUGGGCACGCCUGUGCACCAACUCCAACACCCUUCCUCCACCACCCCUCCCUCCUCUUCCUCCUCGUCUUCUUCCUCCAGAGCGGACGGAGCUGCCUCGCUGUCGCUGACCCCGCCCUCCAGCCCGGGGGGCAGUGGUGGGAUGGCUGCCUCGGGCUCUGCUCACUGGAGAUCCAGGCUCAACUCAUUCAAGAACAACCUUCUGGGCUCUCCGCGCUUCCACAGGCGCAAACUACAAGUUCCUACAUCAGAGGAUAUGUCCAGCUUAACGCCAGAAUCCAGCCCAGAACAACAGAACAGGCUGGUGAAGCGGUCCUGGUUUGGUAACUUCAUCACGCUGGAGAAAGAGGAGCAGAUCUUUGUCUUGAUCAGAGACAAGCCGCUCAGCUCUAUCAAGGCUGACAUCGUCCAAGCUUUUCUCUCCAUCCCAUCCCUCUGCCACAGUGUGGUGUCUCAGAAUAGUUUCCGGGCAGAAUACAAGUCCUCUGGUGGUCCUUCUGUCUUCCAGAAACCUGUCAAAUUCCAAGUGGACAUCGCUUUCUCUGAGGGAGAGAGGGAGCGAGAGAGGGAACGAGCAGAGAGAGAAGGGAGACGAGAGCUGGGCAUUUACAGCGUGACCUUCACUUUAAUAUCAGGUCCGAGCCGCAGAUUCAAAAGGGUAGUGGAAACCAUUCAAGCUCAGUUACUGAGUACUCAUGAUCAGCCUUCUGUGCAGGCAUUGGUUGAUGAGAAGAACGGUCAGCUUUCCCGCCAGCCCAGCACUCCUACACGUCAGAACUCCAGGAGAUCUGAAAGCGGAUCAGAGCGGGGAGAGGGGGAGCAUGCGGCAGACGGGGGGAGCAGUAGCGGAAGCAGCAGCGGAGCCGUCUUACAAAGACGAGGGUCGGGGAAAGACAAGGCCAGACUCUCGCCGUCCAACGGGACACAGGCUCACCCUUGAAAAGAAUGUUGUGGAAGAGAAGUGAGGGCCCUAUGCCGGGCCCUUUUCUCUUCCUCUCUUUAGUCCUUUCCACAUUCUUUCCUUUCCUAUUUCCUUACUUCCUGCCUUGCUUCAUACUUUUAGUCCUAAGCAAUGGGAUGGAAAAAGGGAGAAGAUUUUCCUUGAAGCUGAUCUAGGGAUUUAAUGAAGAUUUCCCCCUGAAAUGGCUCGUUUUCUCAGAAAUGUAUAUUUUUGGAGACUACUGGAGCUGAUCUCUAAUUAGCCCUAAAGGAUAGCUUCACCCUGGUGGGACAAGCCUAAAAACAAAUGAUGUCCAAAAAGCUCCACUUUACUAUGAAAAUAGAAGAAAUUUAGUUCACCUGUUCCUAUGGAUCGAAAAAAAAGCACAUGAAGUUCCCACUGACCAAUCACAUGCAACACAUUGUUCAAACUCAACAAUCAAGUUCCCACCCGUCAGUCAGAGUGGCUCGUGAAGAUGUUGGUCAGUGACGGAGCGCAUCAAGGCAUUCUCAUUCCUCAUUUCCUGGCUGUCUCAUGAAUCAGCAAGUCUUUUCAGCAUCACCUAACAUGACAGGAAACCAUCUCUGCUCUCGUCUCAUCAGUUUCUAAUUGAAGGCUGCGUUAAGGAAUGAAAGUAACAAGAGCUAUAGGGAGAGUCCUGUUUUAGACUCGGUUGUGAAAAUGGAUUUAAUUCUUAAAUUAUUAGCCAACUUAAUGCUGUGCUGACAAUGGAUCUGAUGUAGCUAUGUAACAUAACCCUACAGCAAAGUGAAUAUCUUAAUCAACAAACACAACUUGCUUGAGUGUAUGAGAAGUCCCACAGUCAUUUCUGAAUUACACUUAUUUAAAGCUAUGAUACCAUAUUGCCUUUAAUGAAGGAGAAGAAAAAGUGGAUAUCCAGUUAGAUUUAGCCCCAUUUUAAGGACACUAGGACACACCACAGGCAAUGCUAGGGGAGAAAAAGGUGGAUACAUAAACACAGGAGGUCGAGCAGUAUCCGUUCAGUAGUAGAAAAGAAGAACAAGUUGUGAAAAGCCUCCAAAGCAAUCUUGGAGAAAUAUUUUGUUAAAAGAGGUUUGUCUCAUAUAACAUUCACAUGCCAUAUACACAUGGUUUUAUUGUUCACCGUAGUUCUGUUCUACA